UUUACUGGGCUCUUAAAUGUUUGAUGGCUUUACCUGCAAGUUUUUUGGCUGUUAGUUUGACGCUAAGCCAGUGAAAAGACGUCAUUUAGAAACAAAGUAAACAGGAAAAGAAUAGUCGAAGAUUUUACGAUUUGGAGAAAAUAGUAGGAAAAAAAAUAUAUAACAAUGGAUAUAACAGAGCCUCAGCGAUCGAAAAUAUUCAUUAAUCCGGAUUUCAAGAAAGCUCAUAUCAAUCGGAAUUUCUUACCGAAAAAGACGACCACCGCAGUUCCCACCGUUCUAAACAAUUCUUUUUCAGCUCCAAACAUUCAUCUAAAUCCAAUAUUCAUCGAAAAAUUGCACCAGAAGAAUCUUCAAAGAGACUUGGCCUUAAACGACAUGACCUUCACAGCAGUAGCAGCUGUCCCCUUGAAUCCAAUUAUCAAACACACCAAACGAAAACUGAUACGAGCUUCCUCCACCGUUCCGAUACUUUCUAUUAAUCGCCCUCAGGGACCACUUUUAGCGCCGUUAGUCAAAAUUAGUAAAAAUAAAUUGGUAAGAUCUACACCGGUGACGCAAUCCUUUGUUAAACCGUCUGUUGCUGGAAUGAUAAGGAAACGCUACAAACUGGUCAAUAAAGGUGGCAUCGCCGAUAGAUUCAAUCAAAUAGGUAAUGUUUCGCAUGCAAUUUCAAAGCCACGGGCAUCAGUUCGACGAUAUUCGCUAAUAAGAACGGGCUUGAGCCCACAAAAUGUGAUUGUUACGGAUAGAAAGCUGCUCAAAUUGGAAGUUUCUCUGUAACUUAAGAUUGUUUAUAUUUGUAACAAUUUUCAAUGAUUUCACAGGAGAUGUACAAAAUCGCCACAACCAACAUCUGCAGGAAAAGCUUCGGCUAAUAUGUCGUUUCCCUCACCCAACAAGAAAUUAGUUAUGAUUAAUAUUAACGGAGUGCUUUAUCGGUCAUCGACAAAUAAACUUCAAGUGUCGACUGCGCCAUUAUCGGUCAAAUCUUCCACAAAUGCCAACACUAGCAGGGAAAGGUGUCUCAAGAUAAGAGGGACUAGAUUUCUGCUCAAUCCGAGCGGGACUAAGCUAAGAAAAGUGCCGUCUUCGCUCGAAUUAGAUUCAACGGAAACCAAAUUGAGCCGUAUCGAUAUCGGAGGACUCACCUAUAUGCCGAAAACCGACGGCACAUUUGUCAAAACAGAUGUUCAUCGUACGAGGGCUCAUUUGAGUUUGGCAAAGCAAAAAAGUAUACAGGUCCUGACUAACAAAAUGCGAAAAUGUAACGUUCCUUGUCAAAUCUUUCGUCGAUUGGGAAAAUGUGCAGCCUUUAUGCAGGGUAGGUGUCCUAAGCUACACGACCCGAAACAUGUAUCAAUUUGUUCAAGGUUCCUCAAGGGUGAAUGCUCCAAUCUUGAUUGUCUCCUAUCGCAUAAUAUUUCUCUUGAAAAGAUGCCCGUUUGCCGUUUCUAUCUUGAAGGCCGCUGUGGUAGGAAUGAGUGCCCGUAUUUGCACAAAAAAGUUAGCGAAAAUGAACGGGUUUGCGAAGAUUUCAUGAAAGGGUUCUGUUCGUUGGCAGAUAAGUGUCAACGUCGUCACGUGUUUGUUUGCCCGGAAUAUGAUCGCUUGGGAGUGUGCAAGCAAGCCAAGUGUCCCUACCCACAUGGACGAAAACAUGACUGGAAUAAUGUGCCACAAUCGUCAAAAGAGUCUCUGAGUACUACUCACCGUUCACCGAUUGAAUCGUCGGCGAUUCGCCUGGAAACUGUAGUUCCAAUGAGGCGUUACUAUUUGGACAAUGCUGAUGAAACAGAUCUAAAAUGUAAUGAACGGCUAAGUGGUGCUCAAAAAGCUCAACUAAAACGAGUUAUGGCAAAAGUGGAUAAAAUGAAACAGGGUCACAUUGAAGAUGCUUCGAGAGGAUGUGUUUCAAGCGAAGGUACUUCAUACAAUGAAAUAGUUGCAACUAAUAGUGAUCAUAGUGAUGAAAGUGAAAGUGAAGACGUAAAAAAUAAGGUUUCUACUGCAAUUGGAAAGAGACCUAAACUGGGUCCUUUGCCCUCAUACAUACCAAUCUAAGAAUGUCGAAGAGCGUAUCCGCUUUGUAAUUAAUAUAUCGGUUUUUAUUGUUAAUGCUAGGCUUCAAUUCAGCUGGAUUUUUAAAAAGUAACCUUAAGGCAAAAUUUUAUGGUAAGAUACAUAUCAAUAUCAAUUCUUCAAAAGGGCUAAUAAGAUUUUUAUAAACAAACUUAUUUCGCUCAUUAUUCCGCUGUCGAGUCAAAUUUCAUGAAAGAUACACAUGAAUCAACAUCUUUACCCUUGGUAGAAUCAAUUUCAAAUGUCUUCUGGGUUGACAAUAUAACAAAUUAAGAGAAAUCAGCAAAACAAAAGUUUGUUUACAAAUCUUAUUAGCCCUAUUCUAAUGUUGAUAUGGAUAUUUUAUUUUAUAUAGGUAACGUU